AUGUCUGACAGCGGCGAGAUCGAGGUUGAGGCCGUCACCUACAAGGUCCUCCCGAAGGACAUCACCGAGGAGGUCGGCUCCAUCAAGCUCUUCAACAAGUGGUCCUACGACGAUGUUGAGAUCCGCGACAUCUCCCUCACCGACUACAUCCAGAUCCGCGCUCCCGUCUACCUCCCCCACUCUGCUGGCCGCUAUGCUGCCAAGCGGUUCCGCAAGGCCAACUGCCCCAUCAUUGAGCGCCUCACCAACUCUCUGAUGAUGCACGGCCGCAACAACGGCAAGAAGCUCAAGGCUGUCCGCAUUGUUGCCCACUCGUUCGAAAUCGUUCACCUCAUGACCGACCAGAACCCGAUCCAGAUUGCCGUUGACGCCAUUGUCAACUGCGGCCCCCGCGAAGACUCCACCCGUAUCGGCUCUGCCGGUACCGUCCGGAGACAGGCUGUCGAUGUGUCGCCCCUGCGCCGCGUCAACCAGGCCAUCUCUCUGCUGACGACUGGUGCCCGUGAGGCGGCGUUCCGGAACGUCAAGACGAUUGCCGAGUGCCUGGCUGAGGAGCUGAUCAACGCCGCCAAGGGCAGCAGCAACUCGUACGCGAUCAAGAAGAAGGACGAGCUGGAGCGUGUUGCCAAGAGCAACCGGUAA